AUGCCGGAGAUGGAGAGUUCCAGUCCAGAUCCGGCAGACACGAGCUUCUUUCCGGCAUCCGCCCAAGUGAGCUUGCUUCAGUGGGUGGAAGCGGGUGGGAUGCUGAUCUCGUUCUAUGGAGGAAGCAAGACGGACACCUUCUUGAAUUUGAUCUUGGGCACGGAUUUUGCCCGUCCUUCUUCUUCGUCUUCUCCGUGGAGUAACACCGGCCAGUACACCUUUGGGAGCACCGUGGCCAGCAGCCUGGCAAGUCCCAGUGCGACCAGCAGCUGGGACCUCAGCACCAGUGGGGCCAGUCCCAUCUACGGAAACACGUCUGACGCCGUAGUCUUUCGCUACAGUCGGGUCAGUGGCGUGGUCUGGGGCCUUGGUUGGGAUUUCUAUGAUUCAGGCUCAGCAAAAGACUUUGGGACUGAAGGGAGCCACCCUGAUUGUACAGCAAAGGACAAUGACUUUGUUACUGUGUUCACCACUGUUCUCCAUGAUUUUUCAUCGAGUGCUGUGACCAUAGUUUCAACAACAAGCAUCACAACCCUAACGACGACAACACUCACCACUUUAACCAGUACUAGCACCCGUUCUGGCACUACAAGCACCAGUUCCAGUACGAGUAGCAGUACUACAAGUAGCAAGACUACGAGCAGCAGUACUACAAGUAGCACCACUACGAGCAGCAGUACUACAAGCAGCACCACUACGAGUAGCAGUACUACAAGCAGCAGUACCACGAGCAGCAGCACGAGCUCCAGGUCCACCAGUUCAACUUCGACUAGUACCACCACAAGCACCAGCAGCAGUUCCACCACUAGUUCAAGUUCAAGCAGCACCACAACUUCCAGCACCAGCACAAGUUCCAUCAGCAGUUCAAGCACGAGUAGCACUUCCACAAGCAGCUCAACAAGCUUCAGCACCAGCACAAGUAGUAGCACGAGCACUAGCACCAGUUCAACUACCACCAGUUCUACGACCAGCACCAGCACACUGUCCAGCAGUAGCACUACAAGCACAAGCUCAGAUACUAGCAGCAGCUCAUCCACCUCAACUACCAGCACAAGCACAAGCUCUAGCAGUACUAGCACAAGCUCAAGCACAAGUAGCCAUACAAGUGCCACGAGCUCAAGCACCAGCUGGACCACACUCACCAGAAGCAGUAGUUCCACCACAAGCUCCAGCAGUUCAAGCUCCAGCACCAGCAGCACUAUGUCGACCUCGGAAGCCAAGCCCAUCAGUGCUGCUCAGCUAGAAGAGAUGGAAGCUCAACGGAAAGAAGAAGCCGCUGCAGCGGUUCAAAAGGUGGAGGCUGCUGAAGAGGCUGCAGUUGCCUCUGCUCUCAACCAGCUCUUUGACCAACCCCGUGAUCCUAGUGCGCCACCGGGCAUGCUGGGAGCGACGACCGUGAAGACUGAGACAGGACCCGUGAAGGUCGCGGCGUUCUCACCGGAGGCAUUGGCUAGAGCUGGGGGUGUGGCGCGUGUGGGAUCUGGCAGGAAUGGAGAAGAGUCAGCAGCGGAGCUGGAGGUGAGUUCUGACCUCUUGGCAGAAGCAGCUGCCUCCUCUGGCAUCAGUGGUCCUAUCCUGCUGAGUAUGGGAAGCUUGAACGAUCAAGCCGUAGCAAACCUGAAGACAGAUCAUCCCUUAGCCCAAGGACGGCGCUUGGCUUCUGCUUUGAAAUCGCAAGCUGUGAGCAUCAACUUUCGUGAUGAGACUGGGAAGAAGAUCUCGGUGAAAAAUCUUCAAACGCCCAUGAAAAUCAUCCUCAAGGUCCAAGAUGCUAGUGCGCGCUGCGCCUAUUGGGAUGAAGUGAACAGCCAGUGGUCCGAAGAGGGAGUCACCACUUCAGAUGAGGUCGCUCCGGAGUCUUCCAUCAUUUGCCUGACCACUCAUCUCUCCCUCUUUGGAGGUGUUGUUAACGCUGUGGUGAGAAACGUUGCCCUCGCCCUCGAGUGCAGCACCCUAUCAAGUGUCAUGGAUGACGCCGCCUUUCAGAAGCUCUUUGAUGGGGAAUGGCUUGCGAAACCGCAAUCAGUCGUCAGCAUCCUCUUUAUGAUCAUUUCUAUCGCGUCCGUCCUGGUUGCUUUGAGGUGUGACCACCAAUCAGAGCAGCUCCUACCCUCACAAGACCGAGAAGAGAUGCUGAUGCGUGUGAAAGCAGGGCAGAGCGAGGAGGAGGAAGCAGGAGCCGAACCUGAAGCAAGCUUGCAGCAGACGCUCUUUCAGCAGGUCCGAUCUGCUGCAGAGCAAGUUUUGGAUUUCCUGGCACAAGCAAGUGGAGGGAAUGGCUUCUUAGAGGCGGUGAAGGAGGGCGUGGCCAAUGCGCAGACGGCCGCUGUGAACCGUGGGCUCAGUACUCUUCAAGCCUUCAGGAGUCGGACGGACCAAGCCAGCAUGAACAUCGUCCAUCUCCACGGCGAGAGCCAAAAGGAUCCGCCCAGUGACGUUCAGCAUGCAAAUAUGGCCAUCCCCCGCCUAGAUGCGCACAAUAUGGCCUCCAGGAGCCUGGAGGCAGGGUGUUGCCAGCCCAUCACCAAGUCGCCCAGCGGUUCCUCCUUCGGAAGCUCCGAUCGGAGCUGUGAGGCUGACCAAGAUGGUGACCUCAGCUUGGAAUCCUUCGAGGAUCUCUCAGCCAAGGAAAUCGCGCCCCCGCGCCCCACGACUCUGCCGCCCUGCAGCAACCAUCCUACGCCACCCACGCAGCGCGCGCCCAGCGCUUACAGCGAAAUGGAAGUGGAGCCCAUGCGGUUCAGCAGGCCUCGGGCGAGCAUCCAGGAAGGCUUUCGACAGAUGCGGCAAUCCAUCCAGAUGGUGAUCCAGAAUCUGACUCACGCCGAUGCCUUGUAUGAGAAGGUGAGCAAGGACAGACGAGGUGCUGCCCAAGAGUACCUUCAACGUGGCUGGCUCCGACGGGUUUUGCUGCUCCUACCGGCGGGCCAUGCCUGGCUGAAGAUUCAACGUUUCAGCAUUGUGCUCCCCUACUCAGUGAGAGUGGCGCUGAUUUGCAUGAAGUUGAUCAGCUGCGGCUUUCUGAGCGCACUGUUCUUCGCUUCUGCCGCACCUGCACCUGACGCAGAUCCAGACUGCGCUCCCCCAUCGGAUGAGUUUGCAAAGCUGGUCCAAACGGCCACCGUUGGAAUUGUCUCCGCAGUGUUGGGAGAUGGUCUGAUUCUGGUGCUCUUCUUCACGCGCAAGCUGCGAGUCGUAGAACGACCCCUUUGGACAGAAGAGAUGAAAAGCAGACAGCGUUGCUGGUGGAGGGUAAGGAGCAUUGUCUUCUGGGUGGUUGCGGUAGCCUACAGCAGCUUUUGUCAGCUCUACAUUUGCCUAUUUCUGGCCACAGUGAGAGACGCAGACGCGCAACAGUGGCUUGAGAGUGUGGGUGUCAGCCUUCUUCAGGACUUGUUGCUAAAGCCUUUCCUUUUCGCGCUGAUCGUGGCAAGCAUGUCUACCAUUGUUCUUGCCUGCAACGCGCGCGUACGGAGGAAGCUUGAAGCUCAGUGGUUGGAAGAAGAGAACAAAGUUCAGGACUUCAGAGACAGUCUCAGAUCAAUCCGAUCAAGUCGAAAGCAAGUGAAGAAGCAGGCCAAGGAGGCAAAGAAUCAGGAAGCAGCUGAGUUCUCAGUGGUGCUCCCAGGCAUGCCAAGCUCAUAUUAG